AUGCCAACCAGCCGGCCACAAUACUAUAAAAAUACACUCCAGCCUGUUGAGAUCAACCGAACAAACCUAAAACGAAUCCUGAAAGAACUGCAGUUGGCAGUCAAACAGGGGACGGAGGUGGUGCGUGCCGGCUGCCCGUCUCCAGUGGACCCGUUCGACUAUGGCAGCAUCUACAGCGGCACUCCAGGCAUCGCACUCUCAUUCCUUCGACUGGAACGUCAGAAGGCAUCUCUCGUAGACGACGAGCACCAUGAUGCCAGCCGGCUUCCUGACUUUGCCGGGCUUGCUCGUGAGAGAAUAAUCCCCACGCCCACCGACCUCAGGAUCCCGCCAGGACGGAUGUCGCCCAUCGGAUCGCCCUUGGGUCCAGUCGUCCUGCGGAUCCUGGCUGCCUGUGAAGGCCACGGCAAGGCCGCCGACGGAAGUCUUUCCAUCUCCAGAGACGAUAUCACCGCGCUCAAUGAGGCUGUCCAGCGCUCACUCCAACACGGUCAUGUGAUCCCUUAUAGGGACCGCGACAUGGGCGGAGACGAAGUCCUCUACGGCCGUGCAGGACUGCUGUGGGCGAUCCUGAAUAUCCGAAAUCACGUCUUUGAUCAGGACACCCGGGCGGCACUGAGACCCAUCUUUGAGGCCGUUCCGAAGCUCGUCGAUGCCAUUGUCGAGGCGGGCAAGCAGGGAGCGCGGGAUUUUGUAAAACGCUAUGGUGCAAAAGACGCAUUUCCGCUGAUGUGGCCAUGGAUGGAUGAAUAUUGCGGACUGGGAGCUGUCCACGGAAUCGCCUCCCCUUGUGCCACGUUUCAUGCGCUAAUGUUUUAUCUAGCCGGCAUCCUCACCGUCCUCCUGGCGUGCGAGCUGGAGGAACUAGAGGAUGGGGAGUCCCGGAACUACCUGCCCCUGAUAGCAGGGACCAUCACGAGCCUCUGCAAGAUCUGCAUCGCCAAUGACGGACACAUACCCACCGCGAUCCCUCCACGUCCGAGCUCACGAUCUUCCCCCCUCGUCCAGAUCUGCCAUGGGGCCCCGGGACUGCUGGUGCUACUAGCCACAGCCAGGAGAGACUCCCGUCUGACAUCCAAGUUCUGGCAGCCUGAAUGGGACGAGGCCAUCCGUCUCGGAACGGAGAAGGUCUGGCAGGAAGGGCUCCUGUCGAAAGGGGGAAGCCUCUGCCACGGGCUUACCGGCAACGCGUGGCCCCUGCUCAUGUUGCAUGACUGCUUCGAGUAUGAUGUCGAGGACAUGAAGAAGGCCAAGCAAGCCUAUCGGGAGAGAGUAUCGGAGCGUGCUGGAAGACACCCUACAGGGGAGGAGGAAUCAUUGUCCAGCGACUACUUCCUCUCUCGGGCACUGGCCUUCAUGCUUCUGGCGCGAGAAAGCCCACCCUACAGCACAGCGUUAGGUUCCAAGACUUCUUAUGACUUCCGCAUGCCGGACCGGCCGUACAGUCUCUACGAAGGCCUUGCAGGCGAACUCUGUGCGUGGGCAGAGGCAUGCGUUGUCAUCAAGGCUCGGCUGCGGAAGAUGGAGCUUGAGGAUGAGAAAGGGUCGUCCGUGGAUAUCAACGAGGAUGACAUUUUCGGAGAGUACAUGUUGCAGCAAUUGGGGUUCCCAGGGCUGGGAGGAAAUGGGCCGAGAGGGCUCCUUUGA